GGCGUACCUGAUCAGUUGCCUACGGACGGAUCACCUUUUGAAGAUACGCAGUUGACCUCGAUGGGUGCCCCGGUUAAAAUGCAUUUUGUUGGUUCAGCUUUUGAAACGGGAACCUUGGUCUUCGGUGAUCGUUCUGCUUCUCUCCAAGAUUCCCCCUCCGCUCCUUCUACAGAGGACCUGAACUGCGACCCCGGUUUGGGGUUCCCCUUGGACACCGAUUCUUCAUGUCGCGGGGACGAGCUGGCCCGUCUCCAAGCUGUGUUUGAGGCGCUGGAUAGAGAUAAAGAUGGCUUUGUGAAGAUGGAGGACUUUGUGCAAUUUGCUACAGUGUACGGAGCGGAACAGGUUAAGUACCUCACCGGUUACCUGGAUCCUGCCGGUCUUGGAGUUAUCAAUUUCCGUGACUUCUAUCGUGGAAUCUCCGAAAUCCAAAAUGAAGAUCUGGACAUGCAGCUGUAUGAUAUGGGAUAUCCGUCCGAGGAGGAGCCCGCGUGCUCGGUGGAUUUUGAUGACCUUGCGGCGUUUGAGGUGACCGAGGUGACGGACAGCGCCUACGUGGGCUCCGAGAGCGCGUACAGCGAGUGCGAGACCUUCACCGAUGAGGACACGGGAGCGCUGGCCACGCAGGAGGACCCCGAAACGGAGGGCGAUGGCGGAGUAUCCCGAAUACCUCCACCUGCAACGCCGGAGGGUUUGGAGAUCUCGCUCUGUGACAUCUCAGUGAUUUCAGUAACCGGUCAGGAAGAGCAGUUUGAGGAUUUUGGGGAAGGGACGGAGCCGGACCUCUUCAGCAGCCAAUGUGACGAGGAUCAGAAUGACAACCAGACGACCAGCAGUAUCCAGCCGCUCUACAGCAGCGGUGGCCCCGUGUCAGAGCGCCAGCUGCUGGCGCCCCCUCCGUGCACCGCUAUAGGGGGCUUAUUCUGCAGCCAGUGCCACAAACACGUUAACCGACUGGAAGACUUGUCCACCCGUCUCCGAUACCUAGAGAUGGACAGUCCCGACAAGAGGCCGUCGAGCAGAAAAGAAGCCAGGAGGCUACAUCACAGCAGUCUCCUGGUUGAGGACUCCAUGGAACGGCAGCUCGCAGACAUGUCCUGCGAUGAGACGGAUCUCACGGACAAGGUUCUGUACUUGGAACAGAGGGUUAGCGAGCUUGAAAGAGAUGCCAGCACCAACGGGGAACAGCAGAACCGUCUCAGGCAGGAGAACCUGCAGUUGUUACAUAGAGCCCACGCGUUGGAGGAGCAGCUCAAAGAGCAGGAGCUGAGAUCCGACCAGGUUCAAGGCGAAGAAACGAGGAGACACAGGGAAGAGCUCCGUAAAAUGGAAAGGGACUGUGGGUACGAGCUGAGCAGCCUUAAAGCCAGAGUUCAGGAGCUUGAAAGUGAGAACUUAGAACUCCGAUCGCAGGUGCCCGUUCUCAAAGCAACAACCCAGAGGCUUGAGGAGGAGAACCAGAAGCUGAGGGACCAGGUGGAAGAAGUGCGUCGCCAGCUAAAAGAAAAUAAGGAACUCAACCAAAAACUUGGCGGGCGACUUAACAAGGAGAAGCACAAACAGCAGUCAGAGAAAGAGCAGUCCCAGGAGGUGAUUGAGGAGCUCCGCCGGGAGCUGGAGCAGAUGCAGCUGAUGCGGCUCGAAAUGGAACACCGGCUGGGCCUGGGGAACACCAGCGCCCUACAGGAAUACAACAGCCGUGCCCGGGAGGCAGAGCUCGAGCACGAAGUACGGAGACUGAAACAGGAGCAACGGGCCUUGAAGGAACAGAACGAGGAACUUAAUGGCCAGAUAAUCAACCUCAGUAUCCAAGGAGCCAAAAACCUGUUCUCCACAACGUUCUCCGACUCGCUGGCAGCCGAAAUCAGCAGCGUCUCCAGGGACGAGCUUAUGGAAGCCAUCCAGAAGCAGGAAGAGAUAAACCUCAGACUACAGGACUACAUUGACCGUAUCAUCGUGGCAAUCAUGGAGACCAACCCUGCCAUCUUGGAAGUGAAAAUGCAAUAGCUCUGUGUGCCCCGUCGUCGGGAGCAAGAAUUACUGCCCGUGAUCCCUGAUGCUGAGGAGGCAGAUACGAGUCCUGGAGACGCCCGGCACGCAUAGCUGCACCAAACUGUUUUUUUGGGGGGGUUUUGGAAGACAUUCACCUGUGGAGUGCACCGUGAGAAAUGCAAACCUGCAUCCCGUUACCGUACAAGUUGUGAGAGUGAGAGCAGCGCGCAUGGAAAACCAUAUCUUGGUAUGCGCUACGCACCUGAGACUGAGCGCGCGGGGACACGUUAACACUCCUGUAUAGGACGCCGUACACGGCGAUCGUUUUAUUUCUCAUUCCCAUUGGUUGCCGGUUGCGUUGCCGAUGCCCGGUUCUGUCGCCACCUGCUGGCUGAAUUGAGUAUUGUUUUUUACUUCGAAAUCGGAUGGCUAAUUGUAAAUGGAGGAACUUUCCCCCGAAAGAAAUCACCACCUCUGCCCGUCUAACGCACAACGUGUUGUGUAAGUGUGACCCACAACAUCACGGAACGACUUUGUAUAAAUCACCAGUGUAUAAAAUCAACGCUUUGGCCACUGGCGGUGAGCCUUUUGAUUCUGAACAAUACCGUUAAGCCUGUGUGUAGCAUGAUGGGAAUAUCAGAUGAUGUACAAGACGAGCACCAACAUCCAGAUGAGAUGCAUGUUGGGGGGGAAAAAUUGAGAUAACACAAAUAGUAUAAGAUUUGGUGCAUCUGUGUACACGUGUGAUACAUACAGGUAUGUGCUUAAUUGUAUGUUUGUAUGCAGGCAUACAAUGGGAAAACUCCGGGCUGCAACUGCGUCUGACCCCCCCCUCCUUACUCAAUAAAUGUUUGAAUAUUUUGGGUGCUGCAUCGAAAGCAAGGUUCAGCAACUCCUGCCCUGCUCUACAACUCCCAUCACCCCCAGUCAAAGAUUGCCGCUCCAUCGUAGUAUUGAGACGAUUACCAUGUACAGUAAGCCGGUGGGAGUAUUCCUCUCGCUCUCCAACACCCCCCCUUUCUCCCUCUUUUUUAUACGCAGGCAAAUGUUCCCAUUUUUAGAUGCUUUUGAAGAACAUUUCUAUAUAUAUAUAUAUGUGUGUAUGUAUAUAAGUACCUGAAAGAUCUAUAUGUAUGUAUAUUGGAUAAUCUGUAAAUAUUCCAAGGUAUGAGAAGGGACUGGACGUUGCCCUCUUGUAUGACGCACUCCUGGAGAUUAAUUUAACCACGUCACGGUCUAUUCGCUUUAUAUGUAAUUCAACACGUGACACGUUUGACGAGUUGGAAGCCACAUGCUGGAAUGCGUGCUCUUUCCGAUCACAGAAUAAUGAAUUGUUUUGCUGAAUUAAUUUAUUGAUUGGAAGCUGGACUACAAAUCACUUUUGCUUUAGUUUAUUUUUUUUUCCAAAAUUUAUUCUGUUUAUAGGUUUUUUUUUUAAU